AUGAACGCAACCAUCUCCUCUGAUUCUCUGACCAUUGCAUCCAGGGUUCACAAUCAUGAAGUGAUCCUCACCUCGGAAGACAUUCGAACCAUGUACGGCUUUCCACAAAGAGAUGACUCUUACAUGUCCAACCUUACUCAUUAUUACUACGAUCCAGAAGACUUCUAUGUCUCUAUCAAGAACAACCAAGGUCCGGCGAAGACAGAGAUCUCAUGGCCGUUAAAGAAGAAGUGGUUUCGACUAAAUUAUGAGUUCACAGUUGAUAUCUUCAACAAAGUUGUUGAUCACAAAACGUCAGGAACUGAUGACGUAACAAAGGAGAAAUUAAAAAUGCUGCAUGCCUUUCUGAAUGAAAUCAAGGUGGAUUGGUCAAAGAUCAUCUUCAACAAUCUCAUCCACACCAUCACAUACAACAGAAAGAGUCCGGGUGACGUCGCCAAGAAACUAGGAUAUGGAUUUAUGGUCAGCCAUCUUCUCGUCACCAAAGGAAUUUUAAUGCGCCCAGGAAUCCGGUCAGGACCAAAAGCAUGCCAUAUGAAACAGAAACCAUCAGGUUAUGACAAGCAGAAGGGGGAAGAGGUCACGAAAGAAGCACAUCCUCAGGGGGAAGCUCAACCGAAAGUUGUCCUUCCUAAAAGACUCUCUGAUGAUCAAGACCCAGAAACUGAUCUCGUUCCUUCUCAAGUCCCCCAUCCACAAGAACCUACUUUGGUAGAGCAACUUCCUCAUGAGUUGACACAAGAACCUGCUGAUGUAGAAAUAGAGGCCAGUCGCUUAAGUCUUCCACAAGAACCUGGUUCGCCAGAAAAGACGAAAGAAGCGUCUGAUGCAUUGAUUGAUAUGCCAUCUCAUCCACAAGAACCUACCAAUGCAGAGCAGGUUAUUCUGACACAAGAACCUACGUUGGUAGACGAGACAGCUAUGGUGCCGGUAGCAACUCCAGAUAUCCCGAAACCAUCAGCACCAGCUCCUGAAGUAUCUGUUCCUCAACCUUCACCAGAUAAAUUGCUCAGAGAAUCCAUUGAAAGGGAUUACCAACGAGUUUUGCAGUGGCAAAAGUGGCGCACUGCUCCCUUAAGAUCUUUCAUUGAAACCUUUGAAGCUAUGCAAGACGAAGAAGAAUUUGCACUGAAUUGGAUCGGCACAGAUGACGUUUACAAAUCCCUUCGUCUUGAAGAAAUUAGACGAGUGUUCUCCUACAAGAUGACCAAUCGCACUCUCGGGAAAGACAAAGCCCCACUCUGCAUUGAUCUUAACAAACCACCAUUGGAUCCAGCUUUGGAAGAAGAAAUGAAGCAACUUCGAUAUGCCAUGCUGCUAUCAAAGAUCAAAACCACGUUAGAAAAGGAACACCAGAAUGAUCUAAACUGCAAUGUCAGUGGAACGAAGGAUGAGCAUGGACAAGAAAUUGAAGAAGACGAAAGUGAUAUGAAUGAGGAAGAUGAAAAUGAUGAUGAUGAUAUUGACGAUGUAAAUGAUGAUGAUGAUGAUAUUGACGAUGUAAAUGAUGAUGAUGAUGAUAUUGACGAUGUAAAUGAUGAUGAUGAUGAUGACGAUGCAGAUGAUGAACAUGAUGACGACGAUGAUGACAAUGACAACGAUGGUAAUUUGGGUAAUGCAGGUGUCCAAGGAGCCGAUUCCGAAGACAGUGAUCCAAUAUUGAUCGGUCCUGAUUAUGAUACCUUUCCCCAAAGAUCUCCCCUAAGAAAAUUACCCUCUGACAGUGAUGACCCGAAAGAAGCUUCAAAUGAACAUCCCGAAGAUCUGUCUCGUACCAUAGUUCCACUUGUUCAACCCAUGGACGAAACGCCGAUCAAGCAAGAGAAAGAAUCUGCGCGUGAGGGCAAACUGGAAGCCUCACCAAUUCUUCUCAGCUCAGCAAGUGGUGGCAAAAGUGAAGCACCACCUCAAAAUGAACAAAUGGACACAACGCCAACAAACUUUGAAGAAGAGUCAACUGCAGAGCCCCCACGGACCAUCAUGAACCUCAUGAGAGAAACUGUCCAUUCAGCCGAAACCAUCCAUCUGCAAUAUCUUGUUCUACGGCAAAAGGACACGAAAGUACUAGAUGAUUUAUGCAAGAAGGUAGAUCUUCUGAUGGCUGCCCAAUCUCAACCUCAGCCUCCACCUCAAGAACAACCUCAACCGUCACAACACACUCAAUCAGAUCACAAGUUCCUUGAGCGAAUUGCGAAGAGACUUCAUGAACUUGACACCACCAUGAACAAAGUUGCACAGCAACAACACGAGCUCAAACAUUCUCUCUUCGGCCUUAAAGAACGUGUUGACCUAGCUUGUACAAAGAUCGAUACUUAUCAAGAUAAUUCAUACCAACUGGGAGAAUAUGCUCUUCAAAUUCUCGGAUAUGCCCAGUAUAUCUUGGUAGCAAGAGAUGACGACAAGGACAAGGAUGAUGAUCAUCCAAGAAACAACACGAAAGAUCAGUCUCCAGAAGCAAAACACUCGCCUUCUCGGACACCAAGAGACUCUGGCCGAAGGAACACAAAUCCAUCCCAUCCUCCAUCAAGGUCUCGUGGUCACCAUUCCUCAAAGCCAAGAUACCAUGGUCGAUACCAAUCCAGAUCACUUAAGCCUCGCCAAUCUUUCGGUACUGAAGCCAAGUACAUCUUCACGGAAGGAAGUGGUAAACGUUUUGAGGGUUGCAAUGUCCCUACCUGGCUUAAAACAAGGGAUAAUCAUACAAGGCAAGAUCACAUUAGCACCCAAAACGAAAGGAUCAAAAGAGAAAACAGAGAGCUAUGGAAGAAACAUGAUGAAGAAAUCAAAAGAAGAGAGGAUGAAGCAAAGGAAAGAGAAAGAAUCAGGAAUCUCAUCGAAGAUCUUUCAAGUGUAACCAAAGACUCUCCGCAAAGUGUUAUUCACAAUGUAGCCUUCAAAGUGCACAAAGAGUCAGGAAAAAGUUAUCAAGAAGGAAUGAAUUCGUUUGAGCUAAUUUCGUGGUGGAAAGCUGGGAUAGUCGAAGGAAGAAACAUUCGUGAAGCUUAUAACAACUACACAAGCUUAAAUAUCAAAGGAGAACAUGAAGAGCUUGUCAAGACAAAUCCGAUUAAGAUCUUCAGGAAAAAGAUCAAUGAGAAAAUAGACUUCAAAAGAAUGCUCAAGCAACAAAAGGAAAAAGACUGUAAAGAACAACAGGAAGCUGCUCAACAGAAGUCAAAGCUCUUAGAAAUAAAAAGACUUGUACACUCUCACGUAAGGCUGCUUUUAUAA